UCUUGCCCUUACCAACCAACGAAAAAUAAGAUAUCCUCAGGGCCAAGGGAACAUUUCUGUGGCUCACGUUGAGGUGAUUCUGGCUGGCUGGCUUUUGUGUGAUGUCGGUUCUUCUUCACCUGUCGCCACGCCUCCGGGCCAUCAUAAGCAGCCCCAGGCGGGUUCUCGGGAUCGCUCAUGCCUCGAGCUCGACCGCUCUGCCCGUGCUAACCUUGUACACCAAAGACCCGUGUUCGCUGUGCGACCAGGCCAAAGCACGGCUCCAGCCCUUCCAAGGCCAGUUCCACUUACAAGAGGUGGACAUCACGGCUCCGGAAAACGCCCACUGGUUUGAGUUGUAUCGUUACGAGAUCCCGGUGUUUCAUUUCCAGGACCAAUUUCUGUGCCAGAACCGAAUCGACACGGAUCUUUUGAAGCGGGCUUUGGCCCAAUACGCCGCACAACCUAACGAGUGCCAAUCCUAAAUUGGUAUUCCUACGUUUUUAGUCCAAUACCUAGUUCGAAAAUCCAAUAGCAGUUUUUUCGCUCCUUUUGAACACCAUGGCCAAGUUAAUGGAACGCAUUAAGCAUGAAGAUCUCUAUGAACUCUUGGGCAUUCUCCCCGAUUGUUCGGAAAAAGACAUCAAAAGAGCUUACCGUCAAAAGGCCUUGAAAUGCCAUCCGGACAAGAACCCGGAUGAUCCCUUGGCUGCCCAGGCCUUUCAUCGGCUCUCCGACGCCUACGAGGUCUUGACCGAUCCCGAGGUCAAAAAGGCUUAUGAUCAAGUCCUGCGAGCUCGUCAGGCUCACGCCAUUCGCAAUAAGCAAUUGGACGCCAAGCGCCGAAAAUUGAAGGACGAUCUCGAAGCCCGAGAACGCCAGGCCCAAGAAGCCGCUUUCCAAACCGUGGUGGAACGCUUAUCGGAAGAAGAGCAACUGGCCCGUGAAAUCGAGCGACUCCGACGCGAAGGCUCGCGUGUGCUCGAAGAAGAGCAAGAGCGGCUGAGUCGCGAAAUCCGUGGGGCUCAGGCUCAGUCGGGUGCCUCACCCACUCGGACGGCCUCCUCUCAAGCUUAUCCCCUUCCAUCCACGCCCGCCGAAUCGGCCAAGCUCAAAGUGCGGUGGAAGGACGACGCGGCCUAUGAUCAGAGCCAGCUCCGACAGAUCUUUGCCAAGUACGGAGACGUAGGCGAAGUGAUCGUGUUGGGCAAACCCGGUAAGAUGAGUGGGUUAGUCGAGAUGCACUCCCGAAGUGCGGCGGAACUGGCGGCACAAAUUGAGACCGGCUUCCGGGAUCAUCCGCUUAAAGUCAAACUCAUCACCGAUACUCAGACGCCGACCUCGGGUCCGAGUCGGCCUGAAUCGGCGUUUUCGACCCCCUUGGGUGGGGCCUUGUUUGCCUCGGCGGAAACGGUUGCCCGGACCCAGGACUUUGAAAGCCUGGUGAUGCGUAAACUCCGACAGGAAGAGGAGCGUAAGCGGCUCAUUCGUGAAAUUGAAGAGCAAGAUGCCCGUGAUGCGGCCCUAUGACCCGUGUGCCAAUAGUGACUUUGAAUUAGGCCACGAACCAUGUCAGUUCAAAAUAUAAUACCAUAAAUGAUAGUACCAUA